CGAAUAGUACAACUUUUUCGCGGCAAAGCUAAGCUCCAUUUCCGGUUCUGCUGUUUCGCUGCGAUCUAUAUAAACAACGCUGCGUACAACAACAACUCUAGUGGACAAAUAUCACCGAGAUCUUUACAAUAACUUGUCUUCAGUACCAUGGCGCAGCUUCGCGUUACGGCGUUUUUCCCGCAGAAGAAGAAGAGCAGCGCUCAAGAAGCGACGCGCCGAAAGGGAACGAGAACCAGCAGCGUGUCGGGGGACAAUGGUCUGUCCGGUAAAGUGUUUUUGCCAUCCACAGUCUGCUCGACGCCACUUUCUUCGAGUUGUUCAAAGUCCAUACAUCGGGACUUUGUCAGGAAUAUCGUUGCUGCCACAGAGGUGGUUGGAGAAGAGACCGAUCACUGGUCUAACCCUAAUGGCCAGAGGAAGACCCCUCCGAGUCCCGUCACCCCCAAGCGGACCUCGGUGGACGCGGACCUGGGCUCCGUAACGUCGGCUGCAAAGGACCACAGCACUGCGAAGAAGAGAAGACAGCUGGAUGUGAGCAAAGGCGCACAAGAAGAUCGAAAGACGGAGAGGAAAACGGCCAGAAAAAGAUUGAUACUCCCAAAAAAUGAAGAGGCUACGGAAAAAUGCCGUGCAGACGACCUGGCUCCAGCGGAAGCACUGGUUCAUGUAUCCGAAGGAGUGGAGCUGAAUAUCCCGGCAGCAAGGAUCUCCUCCAGACAACAUGCAGGCAGUCUCGACACUAAUGCCAUGUCCAAAGAAGACCUGGUGGGUCUCAAAUCACGCCUAGAGACUAUCAGAAGACGGGCUGAGAAUCUUCCCAGCAUCUCUUCCACAAAGACGACCCCGGUGGCAGAGGACGAAGACACUUCUUCUAAAACACCACCAGUUUGCAUUGACAUUGCUGCCUUGAAGAAGAGGGUGGUUCGAGCCAAAGAACUAUCUGCUAAGUCAACGAAUACUUCCAAAAAUACAACGCAGGAAAAGGAGGGGAAGACGGAUGCUGGGAACACUGAAGCUCAGGAUAGCAAUCUGCCAGCCUACCAGCGCUACCACACGCUGGCCCAGGAUGAGACCCCCGGCCUCACACUACCGUACCAGUACAAGCUCCUGGCUGAGAUGUUUAGAAGUGCAGACACCAUUGUUGGAAUGCUCUACAACCGCAAUGAAACGGUGACUUUCGCCAAGGUCCAGCAAGGGGUUCGGGAUAUGAUGCAUAAGCGUUUUGAGCAGAGUCACAUGGGACAGAUGAAAACUGUUUUUCCUGGCGCCUAUGCGUUCAGGCAGGAACGAAACAUCCCUACUUUCAAUUCCAAUAUCAAGAAGGGAAGCUAUCAGCUGACCCUGGAGCCUGUCAUGAAUACAGGUCAAAAAGAGGCCCGGCCACUUCUCACAGCGUCUCGCCUCCUGGAGAGAAGACGCAUCUUCCACCAGAAUCUGGUGGGCCACGUCAAAGAGCAUCACAAGACCUUCCUGUCUUCACGGUUUCCUGCCCUAUUGGUGCCAGAGGACAAACUCACUCGCUGGCACCCUCGCUUCCAAGUGGACAUGGUGCCUGCCAUCGUGCCAGAAGAGCUCCCCGCUCCCCCUCACGUGGAGAAACUCACCUCCGCUCAGGAGGUUCUGAACAGGGCUCGCUCACUACUGACCCCCAAGAUGGUGAGCGCGUUGACCUGUGCAGCCUUAAAGACGACCGCAGCAUCCACUGUUGGUGAGGAGCAACAGCCUGUCUCAUCACCGACCACAGGGACCAACGAGCCGGUAGCUCCUGCUUCAACAACCUCCAGGGACCUCAAAGGAGUUUCUCAGGCCCUUCUAGAUCGGAUCCGUGCAAAGGAGGCCCAGAAGCUGGAGGCCGCCAUGACGAGGAACCCGGCCCAGGAGCUGCGCCUCCUCAUGAUGACCCGUCUGACGGAGCUGGCCCGCAUCCUGAGGACGGUGUUCGUUGCAGAGAGGAAACCGGCUCUGAUCAUGGAGAUGGCGUGUAACCGCAUGGUGGCCAGCUACAGGUCUGCCCUCUCCACAGGUGAGAUGGAGAAACACCUCCAGCUGUUGGCAGAGUUGGUCCCUGAUUGGCUGACAAUCCAUCCAGUCAGGAAGGACUUCUACCUAAAGCUCUGCAAGAAUAUGGACCUCCACAUUGUUCAAGACAAACUUUCCCUUAGGCUUAAAGAGGAACAGAGGCUCUGAAGAAAUGUGUUUUUGUGUGUAUACGUAUUUCAAUAUGCAUCUUUUGGUCUUGAAGUUUUAAUCAGUCAUUAAUGGUGUCAAAAGUGAUUAGUAAGCAGGCUGAAAAAACGUUUAAUAACUAAGUGGUUUUAAGAUGACCAUCUCCGUUUGUAACCUGGACUGUUUUACCCCCGUUCCUCUCAAAAUACCUGGAACCUGCAUAGCAGUUGAAUAAUCAUUUUGACAGAGGUUGUGUCCUUGACAUUCAAUGGCAGCUUUUGUCCAAUAAUAAUAGCACACCUCAAGUGAACAACAUGGAUAAUGCAGGAUUUUCAGGGGAUAGUGUGCAUGUUUGUGUAUAGGUGUGGCUUGCUGAGCUUUACAUUUUUAUUUUGGUUUAGCAUUAAUAAAUGCUACUGUGUUGGUGUGUCAGAUUUUAAGGGCAUGAAUGUACAUAUGUUAAUCAGAAAAAAAUCAGUUAUUUUGUAUUUGGAAGCUUAUUCAAACGAUGCGACAAAGACGAUAUUAGCACAUCACUACUUUUGUUACCAAGUUAUGGGUUGUUCAAGUGAGCUCUGAAUUUCCAUUUGAAGCUGUUAAGUUUAUGAUUAACAGACCUAUUGCAUCCCUGAUUCUGCUAACUUUUUAUAUGAAUUAAAUAUAUUGAUAAAUACCAGGA